AAAUUCAGUCGUUACCAGCUGUUUGUGCCGUGCGGGUGUGCCGUAGUUUGUGAUGUGAAAAUAACAAAUUGUUUUCCACCCCCGUGCAAAAGAAGAGCAAAAUUUUGUGCAGAAAAAAAAUAAUUCAGUGAAUCCCAUCUGUGUGAGAAAGGAAGUGUUUGGGGAAGUGAGAUGCAGUGACGCCUGUAAUAAAGGAUAUAAUAUCUCUUAAUUGGAUUAACUUGUGCAACGUCCAGCAAAUAUCUGCGGAAGGAUCGGGUGAAGCAACCCCUCUUGCAAUAUGGCUGGCCCAAUUUUUGAGGGUCGGAUGGGUUCGACACCGGAUAAAGGAGUUUCUGAUAUGACAUGCAUAUCGGAUAUUGAUGAGAAUGGCAUCAAUCGCAAUCUCAAAAUACGUUAUCAACGCGAUGAGAUUUAUACGUACACUGGAACCAUUCUUGUUGCUGUCAAUCCCUACAAGGAAAUCGACUGUUACUCCACUAGCUAUGUGAUAAAGUAUCAUGGGCAGAAGUUGGGUGUUUUGGAACCACAUAUUUUUGCCAUUGCCGAAGCAGCCUAUCGGAAUCUCAAGGAAUACGAUAGGAAUCAGUCAUGUGUCAUAUCGGGUGAAUCAGGUGCUGGGAAGACAGAAACAACCAAAUUUGUUCUUCAAUACCUGUGCUCUGUCACCUGCGAUGUUUCGACAUGGGUGCAACAGCAAAUUCUCGAGGCAAACACCAUUCUUGAGGCAUUUGGCAAUGCAAAAACAAUUCGAAAUGACAACAGCUCGAGAUUUGGGAAGUUCAUGCAAGUUUGUUUCGAUGCAAAGUGGUGUAUAAAGGGAUGCAUAAUUCAGGAUUACCUCUUGGAACAAUCACGAAUAACAUUUCAAAGUCCCGACGAGAGAAAUUAUCACAUUCUCUAUCAACUUGUUGCUGAAGGGAAGAAUAAUAAAGAGCUGUCGGGUGUACUGCAUCUACGUGACCCAUCCUUCUAUCGUUACUUGAAUGCAUCUGGUAAUGUACAAAUCGACAUUUCGUCUGAAGCGCGACGCUUUGAGGCUCUUAGGCUUGCAUUCACGGUACUACAGAUACCCCAGCCGAUGGUUGAUGGUAUCUUUCGUGUACUUAGUGCCAUUUUAUGGUUGGGAAAUCUCAACUUUGAGGACGUCGACGGGGAGCGGUGUGAGCUGGCGAGUGAGGACAAGCAAAUAAUUGCCAUUGUGGCUGAACUGAUGGGUUUGCAGGAGAGUGAUGUGAAACAUGUUGCCCUUAUGCGACAAAUUAAUGUUCGCGGAAAUAUUACGGAGAUCCCAUUAAAAGUUCAAGAGGCACGUGAAAAUCGUCAUGCCAUGGCAAAGGCACUGUACUCGAGAACAUUUGCAUGGCUCAUUAAUCACAUCAAUACCUGCAUAAAUCCAGGACAAGAUGCCACGAGAUUUCUCGGUGUUUUGGAUAUUUUUGGCUUUGAAAAUUUCGACGUGAACUCCUUUGAGCAACUCUGUAUUAACUAUACAAAUGAGAAACUCCACAAAUUCUUCAAUCACUACGUCUUUGCACUCGAACAAGAAAUUUACAAACAGGAGGAUAUAAAAUUUUCCCAUAUUCAAUUCACCGACAAUACAAUGUGCUUGGAGUUGAUUGAGAAACCACCACGAUGUAUUCUUAAAUUGCUUACUGAGCAAUGUCAUAUGCCAAAGGGUUCCGAUACGGCCUAUUUAACAAAUUUGCAUGCCGAAUUCGAAGGGCAUGCACGAUACGUAAAGGGUGCUGACCGACGACAUUGGGAGUCAGAAUUUGGCAUAAAGCACUAUGCGGGCGGUGUUAGCUACACCGUGAAGGGUUUUGUGGAUAAGAAUCGCGAUGUGCAGCAAGAUGUGCUGUUUGACUUUAUGAGUCGCAGCACAAAUGCCUUUGUGCAGGAAAUGGUCUCUUACCAGGAUCUCCUGUCGUUGCAAUCCCAACCACCGCCACCGCCACCAAUCCCCGGUGGUGGUGGUGCUGUCCCGAAUGGGCCACCAAAUGGGGCUGCAAUUGGCACAGUGCAACGUGGUACGUCCAAAGGGAAGCUCACAGUGAGUGAUACAUUCAGGCAGCAGCUGCAGGCACUUGUGGAUGUGCUGCAGAGUACAAAUCCGUGGUAUGUGCGGUGCAUAAAGCCAAAUAUGCACAAAUUGCCGAAUGAUUACAAUGAUGAAAUGGUGCUGGACCAGCUGAAGUAUCUCGGAAUGUUGGACAUCAUACGCAUCAGGCGCGAAGGCUUCCCAAUUCACAUGACUUUCGAUGAGUUUGUCCACAAGUACCAGUGUCUGACGAAGCGUUUUGGGCGUCGAAGUAGCCAAGAGCAGGUGUUGUCUGUGAUAAAGGAGCUCAAUGUGCCAUCGACUGAAUGGCAGCUGGGCAAGACAAAGAUCUUCCUGAGGAGUUUGGUGCACGAACCCCUCGAGGAUGCGCGCAAGCAGGUGAUCAAUGGCAAGGCGGUGCUCAUCCAGACGGCAUGGCGACGUCAUACGGCCAGGAAGAAGUUUGUACGCGUGAGGAAUGCCACCCUGAGGAUACAGCACGCCUACAAGGGGUGGAAGUCACGCAUUGAAUUCCUCCGGCUACGGCGGGCUGCCAUUGUCAUUCAGAGUCAUCUGCGAGGGGUAUUUGCACGUGAAGUGGCGGCAGCAUUGCGUGAGAUGCGACGUGUGGAGGAGGAGAUGCGAAAACGGGAGCGUCUCGAGGCGGAACGCAAGCAAAGGGAGGCUGAAUUGUCGGCACAGCAAGCUGAAGAGGAGCGACGGGCACUCGAGGAGUGUGAAAAGGCUGUUAAGCAAGAAAUGUUGGCACUGUCACAAAUGGCUGAACAAAUAAAUUCUAAAUUUAAUCAAAAUUCCGAAUCAUCGCAAAUCAAUGGAAGUUACCAAUCGUCGAGCAAUCAGAGCAGCGAAUCCGUGGAUCUGGACAAUUUGUUCGCUUUUCUGAGUGAGGUGACGCCCAAUUCCAAUGUGAAUGCCCUUAUUGAUGAGAUUGGCGAGAAGAUGGAUAAUCUCGUGGAGGAUCUCGAUGUUGAGCUGGAGACAGUGAUACAGCAGGAGAUUGAGGGAUUGGCUCUCGAGAGACCAACUAAGCUAUCCCCACUGCCACCACCACCACAACUACCACCGCCAUCCCUUCCGCAUCCUGGAAUUCCUGCUCCACCUGUACCACAAAGUGCAGGGGGUGCAAAGGGAAUGGGAGUUCCCUCGUUGCCUGAACCAACAAUGCCACCACCACCACCUCCCCUAACCAAUGGCCCAGUUCCACCACCACCUGCUCAUGCACCCAAAAUCACAGGGAUUCUCCGGAAUCGUGGCUCUGAGCCCAUCUAUGAGGCUCUCAUUGCACGCGAGGAACUCCCAACGGUACCAGAACUCCCUGAGCCACCGGCUAACUUCUCCGAGAAUCCCCCGCCGCAUAAGCUGCGACCAAAGAGCCCUGCAAUUGCCACCGUUCGCUCAGCUAGUCCCGUACAACGCUCCUCCGGUGGCCCACUCAGCCCAUCAUCCCCGAAGCACAGUCGCCCCAGUUCCAGGGCUUCCUCAACGGGUGGCAGUGGGCAUCCACAUGCAGAACGUGAACAACGUCGGAAGUAUCGCGUUGAGAAGAAACUCCAGGAGAUGCAUCAGCUGGAUGCCACGGAGAGGGAGCGCGAUGCCCUCAGGGAUGACAUGUACUAUGAUAUUCUCGAAUUUGCCGAGAGUAACUUCAAUACACACGAAAGGUCACCCGAGGGCACCAUAAUGGCCACUCUCACGCGCAAAGGGCGCGGCAAGGGGGCGGAGAAUGUUGUGCCAAAGUACGAGAUGAUCACCUACUACCGCGGCACGUCAAUUCCCACAUCCCACAUCCACAUGUACGACCCGGAAAAUGUUAGUGUUGCAUGCACAAUUUUCCGGGAUCUCUGCAAAUACACCCGCGGGGAACUCAACACGGAGCGUGAACUGCAGGUGAUUCAAUUCAUAAUUGGACAGGGAAUCGAGCGUGAAGAAUUGCGAGAUGAAAUAUUCGUGCAAUGUAUGAGACAGGCAACAAAUAAUCCGCAUUCUGAAUGGACUGAUCGUGUCUGGCUCCUCAUGUGCCUCACAAUUGUGGCUUUUCAGCCAAGUAAAUUACUCUUUAGGUACUACGUGAGCUUCCUGAAGAAGAAUCUCGAGACGUUGGAUGGGAAAUUGCGGCAGUAUGUCCAAUGGUGUAUGGAUAAUUGCAAAUAUACGAAAGUUUCGGCGCGUCUCUAUCCACCAUCGAGUGUAGAAGUUGCUGCAAUGCGUCGCCUGGGAACGAUUGUGUGUCGCUUCUUCUUCUUGGAUGGCCGCACAAAGGCCAUUGAUGUCCAUCCGACGGACACAGCGAGUGAUGCCGUGGCAAAAUUGGCGGAAAAGCUGGGACUCUGCAAUACAGAAGGCUGGGCCAUAUAUCAAUCACGUCCCGAUGGGGAGGAACACGUCAAGUCCCACGACUAUCUCUAUGACAUUAUUGCAGCGUGGGAAGUGAAGCAAACAAAGAUCAACACAACCAAUUCCACAUUGAGAAGAAAUGCAGCCACAUUGGGAUCUGGGGAGAAUAGAUUCGUCUUCAAGAAGAGACUGUUUAAGUCCACGCGAGAGCUUUCGCAGGAUCCCAUUGAGGUGAACAUGCUGUAUGCACAGGCCGUGUACAGCGUUGUUAAGUGCGAUGAUUUCCCCGUGAGUGAGAAGGUGGCUCUGCAGCUGGCAGGAUUGCAGGCUCAAGUAGCCCUGGGGGAUCCGUCUAGUCAACCAAAACCAGAGUACUACACCGAUGUGGGGAGCUACCUACCCGAGAGGAUAUCAAAGACACGCGAGGAGCACUUUUGGGUGCCGAUUCUCGCACAAGCUCACCGGCAGUAUGGGGCAGGGAGAACUGAGCUCACAGCAAAAGUCCUGUACCUAUCGUGCGUGAUGCAGUACCCACUGUAUGGGACAACAAUGUUCCCUGUGACGUAUCGUGGGUACUGGAGCUAUGGGAACAAUCUCAUCCUCGGGGUAAAUUGCGAGGGGUUGAUUCUCAUAAAGCCAGACGAUAAGUUUGUGCUGUAUGAAUUCCGCUAUCACGAUGUGGAGUCCCUGAUGCUCGAUCCCAGUGAUUCCUUCAUUACAAUCUCCCUCAAUCGCUUGGCGAAUGGUUCGACGGAUCAACAGAGGUGCUUUGUGUUUGAGACAGUGCAGAAGAAUGAGAUUGGUUCCCUCAUUGUCUCGUACUUUCCCGCCUUGUCCAAUUGGAUAACGGAGAAUGAGGUGCCGGUGAGGAAGCAGAAAGGGAUAACCAAUGAGGAUCGUGUGCGGUUGCAUCACAAUGUUGUUGUAUGUCGACGGCAUUUGGUUGAUGCGGAGCUGCUGAGGAAGCCACAGGAUUCAAGUGGGGGCUUCCUGCGGAAUACCCUGAGGCGUUUAUCGAAGCACAGGCUGGAGAAGUUGCGUGCUGAGCAUGGGAAUGCUGUGCAGGAUCAUGGGGAAACGUACAAGGGCUUCCCACAUGCCUACUGGGCAUUCAGUCGGCAACCGUUGCCGCAGAGUCUGAGCAAACUACCCGAUGCUGAGGAGCAAACGAUGCAUCAGAUCUUUCAGGCAAUACUAACGUAUGCUGGCCUCGGGCAGAAUGGGGAAACAAUACAGAGGGCUGAAGAUGAGCACAUCACACUGAUUCAGUCCAUUAUGGAGAGGUGCAUGCGCAAGGAGAGCCUCCUCAGUGAACUCUACCUGCAGCUGAUAAAGCAGACAACAGAUCAUCCGGAUCCCAAUUCGAGGGUAAAUCUUCGGCACUGGGCACUCCUGUCGUUGGCAUGUAGUGUCAUCCUGCCGCCGCAGAAGGUUGUCCGGAAGUACUUGAUUGCUCAUCUCAAGCGCUGCUCAUCGGACUACAUAACGGAGGAGGGGAAGUACGCGCGUUUCGCGGAGAAGUGCUUCUUCAAGACUCAGGGCACGCGACGGCGUCAGUGGCCACCGAGUCGCGAGGAGAUCAUUUGCACAAUCAACCGGCGUCCCAUCUAUGCGAGGUUUCACUUUAUGGAUGGCCAGUACCAUUCUGUGGAGUUCCACCCGAGCUCCACGGCGCGCGAGGUGAUGGAGUUGGUGAAGAAGAAAAUUGGGCUGCAGGAGAAGGCUCAAGGGUAUGCGAUCUACGAAGUAUUGGGAGCGUCGGAUAGGAGCCUCCUGCCGGAUGAGAAGGUGUCGGAUGUGAUGUCAAAGUGGGAGAAGUACCGAACAGCAGCAGCUCAGGCUAUUCAGCAGAAUCAAUCGUCUAAUUUGGCACCGGCAUGCCGACGACAGCAUCAUCUGUUCCUCUUCAAGAAGCACCUCUUCCUGGAUCACUAUAUGAACUUGGAGGAUCCAGUGGAGAAGGAAUUGCUGUACCAUCAAGUUCUCCAUGGGUUGCGCACUGAUCGCUUCCCAAUCUCCGAAAUGGAAGCGAUUAUGCUGACUGCACUUCAGGCUCAACUGGAGCUGCGUGACUGUGGGGAAGUAUUCAAUGAUUAUCGUGCCAUAGCUGGACACUGCCUCCCGCCGCGUUAUGUGCCGAAUAUUCCGCACGAUGCCGUGGCGAUGCACCAUCAGAGUCUCAAGGGGAUGACCCAACCGGAAGCCAAGAAGGCCUUCCUCAAUCUCAUUCAGAGCUGGCCACUCCACAAGGCUACCAUCUUUGACGUCAUGCAAUCAUUUACCUCAAAUUGGCCACGAGUUCUCUGGCUGGCUGUCGAUCAGAAUGGCAUCCAUUUGCUGGAGCAUCGUUCCCGGAAUACUCUCUGUACUUAUGAAUACACAUCGAUACUUUCGUACUCGCCAAACAUGAAUUGCCUCAUGAUAAUCACGGGAUCCGACAAGAAGCAGUCGAAAGUUAUCCUGACCACGGCUCAGGCCUUCCAGAUUGCCAAUCUCAUCAGGGAAUACACGGAAGUGCUUCAGGCUGCAAUGGAGGAUGCCAUCAAGGAGGGUGGGCAUGUGAUGCAACCCAUGAAUCCCCAUCAGCAGCAAAUGGUGACAAAGGGGAGUGGAGAUGUGAGGAAGACAGCAGCUGGAACGCGCCCCCAAUCGAUGCUGCUGAGAAAUUCCGCAGCUGCAGCUCUGGUGGCACCACAACCCAGCUAAACUUCCACCCACAAAAUCCCCUCCCAAAAAAAAAGAAAAAUAAUUUAAUGCUCCUAAAUUAAUCUCCAUAAAAAGUAUUUAGAUAGAAAUGUUUGUUGAUCGACUGUCUCCCAUGAAAAUCUCCUCAGCGACAGGUGAGGAACAGCUACAGGUUGAUAGUGUUAAAUGAAAAAAAAAUAUUAAAGAAAAACUCGAUACCAAUAUCGUUGCACAAUAAUUUUUUUUUUAAUAAAUAAAUAAAUAAAUGAAUCCAUCGUAAUUUCUUCCUCUUUCAGCAUUUUUUAACAUUUUUUACAAUGCAAAAGCAAUUUUUUCUAAACAAUGCCAAUUUUUUGUAAUUUUUCAAUUUUCACAAUGAAAAACUUUUUAUACAAGGAAUAUUUUUUAAGGCAAUUUUCUAAAAGGUUUGAAUGUUUUUAUUUUUUUCUUUGAAGUUUUGUGGUUUUCCGCAUUGCUAAUUGGUGAAUGUUGAUUAAUUAAAAAUAAUUUAAUUAAUGAAUUUUUGACGGAAAUAUUGCAGAAAUUUCUUUAGGAGUAAUUUUCUCCUUCCGGGGGCGUCAAUAGGGGAUGCGGGUUUAAAAGAAAAGAAUCCUUUCCCAAAGCUUUCGGCGUUUCACCACGCCUUCCUCAGUGGUGAGAUUGUCAGUUAUUUCACCGUGAAAUAACACCGGUGAAAUGCCGAAAGCUUUGGGAAAGGAUUCUUUUCUUUUAAACCCGCAUCCCCUAUUGACGCACCCGGAAGGAGAAAAUUACUCCUAAAGAAAUUUCUGCUAAUUAAAAAUAUUUUUCAGAAGAAAUUCUUUUAGUUAACCCUUUGAGGACAAUAUUGGGAGGUUUUUUAAUUGUUUCGUAAAGGAGUUUAUUCGUUUUUGUACGGAAAAGCUCUUAUUAAAGGAAACAAAUUGGGAAAAAAAAUUUAAAAAAUUGCCAAACAGACAUUUUAAUUUUCAACUGAUAGGCGGAAAAAAGCAGAAAAACACUUGCCAAAAAAUGCAAAAACUGACGUCAUAAUUAUUGAAGUUUCAUCUCUUCUAAAAAUGUUUCAUUUUAUCCGAUCUUGGUCAGAGGAAAAAAAGUUUCUUCUCCAACUAAGAGUUAAAGAGAAAAAUUCAAUUUUCCUUCCAGAGCUUUCAGCUCAAAACCUUCCUUAUUAGUGGAUUAACCCUUUGGUGUCCAGUCAUACGUGAAAUAUAAUAUUUUACUCAAUUUUUUUUAAUAUGGAAAAGUCUUAAGCUAAAAAAAAUACGUUCUGGCUGAGAAAUAUUCUUCGAAAGCAAUUAAAGAAUAAAAUUAUAGAAGGUAAUGUUAAAGAAAAUCACAGAAUUAACCCUUUCAAAUGCUUGAAAUAUUAACGCUAAUGUUUCCAGGUUGUGAUUUUUUCUUGGAGAAGUUUUUAAUCUUUUGAAAUUCACGAGAAACAUUGAAACAUUCGAACUUAUUUAUCACAUUAUUUAUUCUAUUAAUGCUUCCUGAGAACAUUUCUCAGACAAAAUGUUUUCUUUGACUUUAUUUACGUAAAUUCAACGCAUUUCUAAGCUGGAAAAACAAUUUUUAAAAAUUCAUUGAAUUUAAAAAAAAAAAUGUAAAGUUUCAAGUUUGCACCAAUGUUUGACUCAAAGAACGUUAACCCUUUAACGUCUAACGUGAAACAUAAAAACAUUGAAACAUACGCUCUUUUAUCGCGAUUUGUAUUUUAUGAAUUUUUUUAGAGGACUUUUCUCAUUCAGAACGUCUUCUUUGACCCCUUAUGCGUGAAUUUGAUGCAUUUGUAACAUGGAAAAACAAUUACAUUCAUAAAUAACUGAAAAAAUAAAAUGUUUCACGUUUGGGUCAGCGUAUGACCCAAAAAACCUUAAAGGGUUAAAGGACAUCAGGAAGUAGUUUUUGUCCAAAUCAGCAAUCAGAAAUUCAUACAAAAAUAUUUCAAAAUGGCGGUGAGAUCUAUAUUGAUCUUAAACUGUUCUCAAAAACGUAUUUUUCCACCAUACUGUUCUCACUCAAUAUGUUUUUAAGGCACAAACCUUAAACGUUUCUGCUGCAAAUUAACAUUCACCAAGAAGUAAAAGAAGGGCUUUUUUAACGCAUUUUUACCCCCUAAAAAAUCGAAACAAUCCUUUAAGAAAAUGAUAAGGCAGUAGAUGGAAAAAUAAAUAAAAUUAUAAUUGUUAUUGUGCCGUUCUAUUGCGGUUAUGCGUUGCUAAAUCAGAUAAAUCUAAAAACAAAAUAAAAUAUUACUGCAAAGUUUAAAUUGUGCGCUAAGAGAAAUUCUUUUUUAAAAAAUAAUUUUUGUAAAUAAAAAUAAAUACAAAAAAAAAUAUUUCGAUUUAAAAAAAAAUUGCAGGAAAAGUAUUUAAUGGAACAAUCAUAAAUAAAUUCUACAUUCUCUAUUCACAUAGAACAAGAAGGAUGCGAAACGUGAGCAAUGGUAAUCAACACUAAAACUUAAUAAGAAAAAAAUUAUUGAACACAAAAAAAACUUAAUCACACAAUUUAUGAAAACAAAAAUAAAAAGAAGAUUUUGUAUAAAAAAAUAUUCAAUUUGAAUUUGGAUAAUAUUUUUUUUAGCUAGUUGAAUUUUAAUCACUCUCAAAAAGAAUAUUUUUCGAAAUUGUGGCGCUUCAAUUUUUUUUUUCUUUCGUGUUUUAUCUUCUAAAUUCUUUUCUUCGUAGUAAAAUCUCUUUUUAAAAUAAAUCCUUGCCAAAAUACAAAAAAAAAUAAAAAAUAAAAACAAAAAAUGGGACUAUGGCCAUUGUUUUCCAUGAAAGAGAGAGGAAGUCAAAAACAAAAUAAAUCUGGAAAAUGUCUUCAAUGUGAGAAACAAUAAGAUUCUUAUUUUUUAUUAAAUUAGAAUUGUUUACCAAAUUUUUUAUUGACAAAGUACCAAAUUUAGAUGAAUUUUAUUUAAUUCUUUUUUUCAAUUUUGUAUAAAAAAUAUAUUUAUUCGUAUUUUCUAUUCACAAACUGAUGGCUCUAUUUUGUAAUUUUAAUUACCUUUUUCAUGAGCGUCGCAAUAAAGACGUGAAAUGUAUUUAACAAUUUUACAGAAAAAAAAAUUAUAUUUAGAGAGAUAUUGUAAAUUUAGUAUUUAACUAAAUAAACAUUACUGUAUCUAUA